AUGAAGGUCAGGCUCCCUCCCGACAAGCUGGAAAGGGCGAGAAAGUCGGUAAAAGCCCUCCUAAAUAGACGGAGCAUCCCCCAUGACGAGCUUGAGUCAGCGGUAGGCUCUACUCCGCACUAUCCAAAAAACGAGGAUAUUACCAUAUCACCGCCGCAAUCGCAGCGGACCUACGCUGGUGGGACACCUUCCUAUCCAGGUGGAACGGGAUACGACUACUCCGCCGCACAGCCGCACGCCGUCACUAUUCCAUAUAGACAGACGCUUCUAGUAAGCAUGGAAUGGGAGGGUAUAUCCUCGAGGAUAUCGCCACUCAUCCUGAACUAG